AUGCGAAUCUGGUACCUCGAGCAAGCAGAAUCUGAUGAUGAUGGAGGCUACUUUCCAGGAAACAUCGAUAGUAAACGUUGCAAAUUGGCCAUACGUUAUGCCGGAUUCAAGAAUAAAGAACUUCUUGAACUCGAACAAGGAAACAAAGGGUCUCCCGCUACAAUAAACAAACGUGGAGAAAACGAUACGCCGGAUGAUCUGGGGCAUGUCAUUCCUGUGAUGCUUCAGGAUGAAUCGCUGGGAACUUCGGAAGCAAAGGCAAUUCGAGAGAAAACUCAGGAUCUAGUCGAAAAAGAUGAAAACGAUGAGCUCGGCUUGAUCUGGAUCUUCAACAAGUCGAGGAAGAACGAUGAGGAGGAGGACGACGACGAGGAUCCACUCAUCAAACCAAAAUCGAUUUUACUUUUGGCUCAAUUUACGUUCAAAGGACCGAUAGUUGUGCAAAAGAAGACCGCCGGGUAUCACUUUUUCAAUCCAACCGAUCUGGAAUAUAAAUUGGCCAAGAAGAUGCCUACAAUGAUAGAUUCAAAA